UUUAUUAUAUUAUUUUGGUAUUCCGACCGCGGUCUUAUUGUUUCCAACACGUGCGGUUAAAUUUUGUUAAAAUUAUUAAUAAAACCACUGGGAAAAUGACAAGCACGAAGCGCAAGGAGCCGCUGCUGUACAUGGAGGAGUACCGGGUCAAGCAGGAUCCACAGGAUUAUGGCCUGGCCGACGAUGUCUUCAGCAUUGAAGCGUUCAAAGAGAAACUGCAAAUAACCAUCGUGAGGAAUGACGAAGAGGGCUUGGAGUUCGAUCUGAUAGGAGUUUACCCGGCCAUAGCUAAUGCCUUCCGUCGACUGAUGCUCAGCGACGUCCCCAGCAUGGCCAUCGAAAAGGUGUACAUAUAUAACAACACUUCGAUUAUCCAGGACGAGGUACUGGCCCAUCGGAUGGGCCUGCUCCCGCUGCGUGCGGAUCCCCGGCUAUUCGCCUAUCGCACGGAAGAAAGCACCGAAGCGGGCACUGAGCAGGAUACGCUGGAGUUCGAGCUGAAGGUGAAGUGCUCGCGGCGUCGGGAUGCGGGAAAGGACCAGUCGAACUUUGAUGACAUCUACAAGAAUCACAAGGUGUACUCUGGCCAUCUUAAGUGGCUGCCGAAAGGAAAGCAGGCGCAGAUCUACAGCGAAAGUGCAGUGAACUGCAUUCAUGAGGACAUACUGAUUGCCCAACUCCGACCGGGUCACGAGUUGGACCUACGCCUGGUAGCUGUUAAGGGAAUCGGCCGUGAUCACGCCAAGUUCUCGCCAGUGGCUACGGCCACUUACCGACUGCUGCCACAGAUUAAACUAAAUCGAGAGGUCUCUGGCAAAGAUGCAUACCUUCUGCAAAGCUGCUUCUCACCUGGUGUGAUUGGCAUUGACGAAAACGAGACUGCCUAUGUGAAGGAUGCGCGCUAUGACAGUUGCAGCCGGAAUGUAUAUCGCUAUCCGCAGCUCAACGAUGCUUUGACUUUGGCCCGCGUCCGAGAUCACUACAUCUUUUCCGUGGAGUCGGUGGGCGCGCUCAAGCCCGAUGUUAUCUUCCUGGAGGCCAUCAAGGUGCUGAAGAAGAAGUGUCGAGCAUUUAUCGACGAAAUUGAUGCGGAAUAGAUUUAUUUAUUUAAAAGAUUAUUCUAUGUACAUAAGAAAACUAAACUUGAUAAAAAAUGUAAGCCUAAGAA